CGAGCCACGUCAGCACUAUCCUCUGCCACCUCAUCACCUCCUCCCCAAUCAAAAAUAGCUGCUCCAGAUUACACAAAGUCCGUCCUACGUGGCAUCUUCACAUCCACCUAAAAAAACGAAGCCACGGAACGAGACUCAAAACUCAAACCACAUUUCCUUCCCAUUUCGAAACGCCGUAAAGUCAGUCAAUGGCGUCCCUCGCGGCAUCGGCGGCGGCGGCCUCCCUCGGCAAGGCGGAGGUUCCCGGAAAAUCCAUCAGGUGCGGCGGCGCGUCGUCGAAGCUCAAGACGCUUGCCUUCUUCUCGUUCCCGGCGUUGAAGAAGAAGAAGAAGAAUAACAAUAGUAAGGCGGCGGCACCGGUGAAGCCCAAGCCUUCUUCUUCUUCUGUUUCCCCCGCUGAAGAAGAGAUCUCAAAGUGGUAUGGGCCGGAUAGAAGACUUUUCUUGCCCCCGGGGCUUUUGGAGAGAUCAGAAAUCCCAGAGUACCUGGCUGGUGAAAUUCCUGGAGAUUACGGUUAUGAUCCGUUUGGCCUUGGCAAGAAACCCGAGAAUUUUGCCAAAAAUCAAGCAUUUGAGGUGAUCCACGCGCGGUGGGCCAUGCUUGGCGCGGCUGGUUUCAUAAUCCCAGAAGCCUUGAACAAGUUUGGAGCCAACUGCGGUCCUGAAGCCGUGUGGUUCAAGACAGGGGCUUUGCUACUUGAUGGGAACACAUUGAGUUAUUAUGGUAAUAACAUCCCAAUCAACCUCGUCGUUGCUGUCAUUGCCGAGGUUGUCCUUGUUGGCGGUGCUGAGUACUUCCGAAUCACCAAUGGCUUGAACUUAGAAGACAAGUUGUACCCUGGGGGUCCAUUCGACCCCCUGAAGCUGGCAAAGGAUCCGGACCAGGCGGCGAUCCUGAAGGUGAAGGAGAUCAAGAACGGGCGGCUCGCCAUGUUUUCCAUGUUGGGAUUCUUCCUCCAGGCUUACGUGACGGGGCAAGGCCCCGUCGAGAACCUUGCGGCCCACUUGAGUGACCCAUUUGCCAACAAUCUCUUGACUGUCAUUGCUGGCUCAGCUGAAAGAACUCCAACCCUCUGAGUUUAAAUUUCUAGCUGUCUUUGCCAUUGAUGAUGUUUCUUUUGUACACACUUAAAUUCCAGUCAUGAUGAUGAUGAUGAUGAAGUUUGAGGGAACUGUGUGAGGAUGUUCUUGUUGGUACUUUUGUUGAAAAUGUAUCUUUAAAGAUCCAAAUGUCAUCUAUGUCUAUAGACUAGUCAUGAUGUUCAUGAUUGCUCACUAAUGCUGCUAAUUAAGCUCUAUUUUUUUCACUAAGUACCCUCUCAAAAUCUUACUUUCAUGGGGUUUUACUUGAAUGUUGUUGUAUUAAAAUUUUCCUUUCGUGUAAGAUUGUUACAUCAAUU